AUGCCUGGGAUGCUGAGGAUGAUCUACCGACUCGUUUUCGAUACGAUGCUUUCCGGCAGCGCCGAUUGCAAUCCCAUGGGCCAGGCUGUCCUGAACGCCAAUCUGAGCAACAGUUUUCCUGCAUCGGACAGCCUGCUGCUCAUCGCCAGUCAGCCGGUGCCGAACCUGGCAACGAUACCGCUCGGCAGCACCUACUAUGGUCCGUUGGCUCCACUGGCGAUCAACUGGUCGGCCGUUUCUGCAGCCCAGACGACCCUGAACUAUCAGAGCAGGGUAUGCGACGUCAAUUGUUGCUGCGACCCUGACUGCUCCAUGGGUGAACAGAACGCAACCUUCUCGGGCUGCCGUAACUCCAAUGCCUCUCAGUCUCAAGGCUCCAUUGAGUUUUGCUCGUCUUCCUUCUUCAGAAUCAACAAUGGAUAUGGAGCCGUUGCCGGAGGAGCGGCAGACUCAGCUGGGGCCCUCUGCGUGGUAUUCAGUAACAGCCCAAUCCAGGGAUUCUACUACAACAACCCUGGCACCAUCGUGAGCGACGCUGACUUCAAUGCCCAGACGGCCUCUCUGGAGUUCCCAAUCGCCCUGGAGAGCUACGACAUUGACAACUCGUACCUGAACUCGACCCCAUACAAGGGUAUUCGGUGGUUCCGCCUGGCCGCCCUGACGGUUGGAAUCAACAGCAUCAGCUGCGUCGAUCUUGCGAGCGGGAUUCAAAGCAAUUGCUCGAGCGCGACGCUGGCACCUCCCAGCUGGAAUGCCGCGGCGUCGGUUUGUGUCGGGGCAGUCGUGAAGACCAACAUCAACAUCCAGUAUGGGUACUACACCCUCAACGUGAGCUCUGUCAUCAACAACGUGACCACCUUUAGCAAUCAGUCGUUUUCGUUCGUCCAGCGCGUCAGCGCCGAUAUCGUCAUCGCCAACAUUACCUUGGCGAUUGGAGGGCGGAUCGAGCAGAGCUUCUCGACCACAUUCAGCUCGGUCAACAACACAGCAAGCGCCAUUGGCCGCUCAGGAAGCCCCGGAUACCGCUGGGGAUCGGAGAUCUUGGUUGGGUCCUUGACAACCAAUAGCUCGCAGCAGGCCAUCGUAUACAACCCCAACCCCAUUUACGGAAUCACCUUGGCUUCCGAGCAAUACUAUAGCAGCACGCAGGACCUCCAGUGCCCGGACUCACAGAACUACCUGUCUCGGACCCAAGUCACCUUUGGCGACAACGUCGUUGCGGGCUGCACGCUUUACUACAGCUUUGCGGAUCUCAACACCACGAGCUCGUGUGCCACGAUUCGGUCGCGACUCUUCCAGCUCCAGACGCUGACCGUUGCGGCGAUCACCCAUGUAGGCAAGUUUGGUAAUGCGAGCUAUCUGAACGUGAACGACUGGGUGCCGAUCCUCAACAAUCCGCCAAGCGCCUUGACAGGCAAUUCUCCUGUUGUCGACACACUCCCAGGAACAUGCUCGAGCCUUCUGACAGAGCUGGACGUGCAAGUCGUCUACAGCGACGCCGGGUCCAAAUACGAGCCCCAGAACACGAUCGUUGGGGUGCGGGUACAGUAUGUCUCGGGGCGGUUCCAGUAUCGCUGUCUCAAGGUCCAGGAUUGUCUGAACUUGGGUCAGGUGCAGCCGUUCCGGAUCCGCAAUACCGUGACAUUCGUGCCGCUCUCGAAUGCCGAGCCCCUCAUGUUCGUGCCUCCUCCACCAAACCUGUUCCCGCCGAUCCCGGACGAUCUGUUUUAUCCAUUUCAGCUCGGAGCUGGGCAAAGAUCGGGAAUGACAGCUGCAGGGCCGUGGUGGAUAGGGUCGGUGGCCUUGUUGGUGCUCUAUUUUGUGUAG